UAAUUUUACCAUGGGUUUCGAUUACUACGGUAUUCUAGGUGUAAAACGAUCAUGUACUCAAUAUGAGAUAAAGAAGGCGUACCGACGCUUAGCGCUAAAGUAUAACCCCGAGAGGCAUGACGGAGACGAAGGGAUGAAGAGAAUCUUCGCGCUUAUUGGAGAGGCGUAUGAGGUGCUGGUCGAUCAUAAGCAUAGGGCGGUCUUUGAUCAGUAUGGGGAGGAGGGCCUUAAACGAGGAGUGCCGGGGCCUACAGAAUACAUCCAACCAUACGCAUAUCACGGGGAUCCACUCAAAACGUUCCACGAUUUCUUCGGAACUUCUAACCCAUACGCCAACUUAUUGGACUACUACGAAAACCCGCCUGCGAUGUUCGAGUCCCCCCUAGGCAGAGGUUACAAGGAAAAAGACGUCACUAUCUUCAGACCUCUGGCUUUGACUUUAGAAGAGGUUUACAAAGGAGGGUUGAAAAAAAUGAAAAUCCAGCGCUUAGUGUUCACGGAUGAGACGUGCUCAGAGCUGAAACUGCGAGAGAAAGUUCUGUCUAUCCCUUUCUCGCCUGGAAUUUAUCCUAACACAGAGAUUCUUUUUAAAGCUGAAGGGGAUCAAGGUCCGACGCGCAUUCCAGCAGACGUAAUAUUUGUAACAGAAGAUCGUCCGCAUGAUACGUACACACGAUGCGGUUUGAGCGACUUGCUUAUAGUCAAACAAGUGAGUUUAGAAGAAGCGCUAUGCGGUCUUGACAUAACUUUAAAAACUUUAGACAAUCGAGUGAUCAGAACUAAAAUCUCUGACGUCAUCACACCGACAUACGAGAAAGUUAUAGACGAUGAAGGCCUCCCCAUACCGGCGUGUCCUAAGAAAGCUAAAGGUAACUUGGUGAUACGGUUUAAGAUAGAUUUCCCGGUGUAUUUGGCGCCGAAAGCGAAGAAGAAGUUCGCAGAAGCGUUCAGGGAGAAUGAGGACGAAAAUAAGAAGUUCGAUGAUAUCCCGUGCGGCGCGUUGGCUUCUUCGGAGAUUUCGAUUUGAAAUAAGUAUCUAUUUUUAUUCAUUGUAAUAUUAACUCUUUUAAUAAAGAAGUAUAUU